AUGAAGCCAUACUCUAUCUUACCCGGGCUCCUCGUUCUGACAUCUGCUUCUCCCAAGCUCCAUGACUUUGAUGCACUGGGUGCCUGGUUUGACGGAGUCAGUACCAUCAAUUCCAGCCAACAUGCUCCCCCAGAUGCGAAGAAUAGCACCAUUGCCAUUGUUGGGGGCGGGAUCUCCGGCCUCGCCACGGCAUUGAUGCUCGACAGCGUUGGCGUCCACAACUGGGAGAUUAUCGAAGCCAGCGACCGAGUAGGCGGCCGGUUCCGGACUAAAUUCAUGGGUGACACGCAGGAAUGGGCAGAGAUGGGUCCUAUGCGUCUGCCUGUCCGAGUACACUAUAAGGAUGGCGAAACCGUGGAAUAUACGGAUCAUGCGAUGGUGUUUCAGUUGGCUGCACUACUGAACAACAUGAAUCGCAAUGCCUCCGAAUGGAAGAUCGACUUUAUCCCCUGGAUUCAGCACCAUCCCAAUGAGCUCCUCGCUCUGAAUACCGGUCGUCAUCCGGAUGGACGCAUCCCCACCCGCGCAGAGAUUGAGCAGGAUCCUAGUCUAGGCAAGACGGACCCAAUGGAUACAGCCGAGUACAAACAGACCAAGUUCCGCAUGGACGAUAUCCUCACCCGCAAAGACAAGCUCAAAGGCAUGCAGCGCGAUGUCUGGCGCAUGCACAAGCAGGCCAUGGACCAGGGUCUGGAUGACUGGAGUGAACAAGCCAUGAUGCAUCAUGUUUUCGGCGCCAGCGAGAACGUUUCGGAUGCGAUAUGGACGCACACCGAUUACGACGUGUUCUGGGAUGAGCUGCAUCAUAACUCUAAUCUCAAGUUGGACCGAUCGCACACCUCCCCAGGCGAGACCGAAUGGGCUUGCAUCGACCGCGGAUUCAAUCGCCUUUCAGACGCUUUCCUGCCUCAUGUGCGAAACCGUCUCACUCUCAACCGGAAGGUCCGUAAACUUGAAUCAGUCUCCACUCCUGACAACCGCAUCUCCACUCGAUUAUCAUGGUAUCCAUCCACCACCAACCGAACCCACCAAUCCAAGGAAUACGACUACACCAUCAUGGCAGUCCCCUUUACCAUGACCCGCUUCAUGGACCUGCCGCCGUUCUCCUCCGUCCUCUCCCGCGCCAUAAGCGAGGCAGGCCUCCGCUUCAAAUCUGCCUGUAAAGUAGCACUGCUCUUCUCCGAACGAUUCUGGGAAAAGGGUCCGCGUCCAAUAUUCGGCGGGUACUCGACCCCUCCCAAUGCCGCCGUCGGAGCUUUAUAUUACCCUGUCUACGGACUCAACGAGUCGCGGCCAGGACUCAUCAUGCACUACCGCGGAGGAGAUUGGAGUGACCGAUUCGUCAGCUUCUCCGACGAAGAAUACGUUCAGACCGUGCUGGACGCAGUGGUAUCCCUGCAUGGUGAACAAGCAAGAGAGCUGUACACGGGUGUCUAUGAAAAGCUGUGCUGGCUGCAGGAUGAACAUACCGCUACCGCUUGGUGUCGGCCGGAUAUCCAGCAGCAUCGAUUAUACAUCCCUGCUUACCAUCGCAUGGAACAUAACACUAUCUUUAUCGGCGAGCAUACGGCGCCGACGCACGCUUGGGUCAGUAGUUCCUUGCACUCGGCUGUUAGAGGUUCGGUGCAGCUACUCCUGGAAAUGGGGUUGAUCGAGGAGGCAAAGAAGCUGAAUAAACAGUGGAUGGGACGAUGGAUUCAUAAUUAG